AUGGCGUCGUUUCUCCUUGUGUCAGUACUGUCGAUCAUUAUCUGUUUUGGCGAUUGCGUAACCGGAGACUACGUGCGAGUAUGUUACCAUACCAACUGGUCCCAGUAUCGGCCAGGGUAUGGCAAGUUCAUGCCCGAAGAUAUCCCAGCUGAUUUAUGUACCCACAUCAUCUAUGCCUUUGGUGGCCUUCGAGACAACAGCAUCACAGCUUUUGAGUGGAAUGACGAUAGCACUGAUUGGAGCGUCGGAAUGUAUGAGAGAACAAUGGCUCUAAAGAAACAGAACCCCAGCCUCAAGAUCCUGCUUGCUAUAGGGGGCUGGAACCAAGGCUCGGCAGAAUUCAGUGAAAUUGUUCGAACGAACAGCAACAUGCAACAAUUCGCAAAUCAGUCAAUAUCAUUCCUGCGACAAAGAGAUUUUGAUGGCCUUGACCUUGACUGGGAGUACCCGGGGUCGCGUGGCAGUCCACCCGAAGAUAAACAACAAUAUACAAAAUUGGUUAGGAUCUUGAAAGACGAAUUCGAGAAAGAGGCAGUGUCUUCCGGAAGGGAGCGUCUGAUGUUGACCGCCGCGGUUGCUGCUGGCAAUGAAACCACAGAAUCAGGAUAUGAAAUUGAUAAAAUUGCUGUUGAUCUUGAUUACAUUUUCCUGAUGGCUUACGAUCUCCAUGGAGCAUGGGAUGACUACUUGGGACAUAACAGUCCUCUGUAUGCAAGAGCAGGAGAAACGGAGGAAGACAAACUUCUUAAUCAGGAUUGGGCUGUUAAUAACUGGUUGUCGCAAGGCACCCCGAAUCACAAGCUUGUAAUGGGCAUUGGUACAUACGGGCGAUCAUUUAAAAUGUUGAGCCCGGAUGGAAACAACAUGGGGGAUCCAGCCACAGGGCCAGGUACAGCUGGUACAUUCACCAGGGAAGCGGGCUUCCUUGCAUACUACGAGAUAUGCGAUAAUAUCUUGAAUAAAGGUUGGACGAAGAGAAAUCACCCUGAACAUUUGGUACCGUAUGCCUUUAGCGGUGACCAAUGGGUAGGUUUUGACGACGUGGAGAGCGUCAGAUCCAAGACGAAUUAUAUAAAAGCCAACGGUCUUGGUGGGUCGAUGGUCUGGGCCAUAGAUUUGGAUGAUUUUACAGGAUCCAAAUGUAACCAGGGAAAAUACCCAUUGCUUACAGCGAUAACAGAUGAGCUGGUAUCAGAUGUGGUACCAGAUAUGUCAACACAAGUACCAAAUAUGUCUUCCUCACAAGCACCUACACAGGUUCCCUCACAAACUCCAAUGCCUACUCAGCCCCCUCCACAAACAUCAGAACCUACCGUGGCUCCCCCACAAACAUCAGCACCUACUGUUGCUCCUCCACAAACAUCAGCACCAACCGUGGCUCCUCCACAAACAUCAGUACCUACCGUGGCUCCUCCACAAACAUCAGUACCUACAGAGGCUCCUCCACAAACAUCGUCUCCCACCGUCGACCCUCCAAAAACGUCAGCCGCUACCCAAAUGCCAACGACUGGAAAUGUGCCCGAACAAACCAUAGCGCCUACAGAUGCACCAUCAGCACCUUGUGGUGAAAAUGUUAGUUGUCCGUCUGCACAUUUAAUGGGUAACAAAUGUGAUCCAAACAAAUACUUCGUUUGCGAUCAUGGUGAACCCCUAGAAAGGUCCUGCCCCUCAGGUCUCAUCUGGGACGCAGAUAUCAAGACAUGCAAUUAUCUUGAUUUAAGUUUAACCACUGGAGAAUACGUCCGUGUGUGUUACCACAACAUAAUGUCACAGGACCGCCAGUCUGCCGGUCAGUUCCUGCCUGAGGAUAUCAACCCACAUCUCUGUACCCACAUCAUUUACGCCUUCGGUCAGAUUUCUAACAACGAACUUAAUGGAACUCACGUGAACGACGAGAGUACGACUGAUGGCCCUGGCAUGUUUGAAAGAACUGUUACCCUAAAAAAGCAGAAUCCACAUCUUAAGGUCCUAUUGGCUGUCGGGGGAUGGCUGCAAGGAAGCAAAUCGUUUGCCAAGUUGGUUGAAAAAGAGUCUAACAUGCGUUUAUUUGCCAACAACGCUGUCACGUUUCUAAGAGAGCGAAAGUUCGACGGCUUUGACAUAGACUGGGAGUACCCUGGUCACCGCGGAAGUCCGCCUGAGGAUAAACAACGUUUCACCACUCUGAUACAAAUUCUGCGAGACACCUUUAACACGGAAGCGGCCAGCACGAGUCAACCAUGUCUGUUAUUGACAGCUGCAGUAGCGGCGAGUCAAUGGAUAACGCAGUCUGCGUAUGAAGUGGACAAACUAGUCGGAAACUUGGACUUCAUAUUUUUGAUGUCCUAUGACUUACAUGGACACUGGAACCAUCGUCUUGGACACCAUAGUCCUUUAUACAAACGAACUGGUGAGGUGCCACCUGAUAGUCUUCUUAACCAGGACUGGGCGGUACAUAACUGGAUCUCUUUGGGUGCCCCUCGUGACAAGUUGGUAAUGGGAAUCAGUUUAUAUGGACGGUCCUUCACCACAUGGUGGCCCUCUGAUCAACCAAAGAAGCUGGGAACGGGAUGCAAAAGUGGGGGGACACCUGGACAAUACACAAACGAAACGGGCAUCCUCGCCUAUUACGAGGUAUGCGAUAAUAUAAAGAAUCAAGGCUGGACGAAGGAGCGUCACUCCGAACACAAGGUGCCCUAUGCCUACAGCAGUGACCAGUUUGUAGGCUACGACGACGAAGAGAGCGUUAGAAUUAAGAGUGAAUAUAUAAAGGCGCAGGGUCUUGCUGGGGCAAUGGUUUGGUGUCUUGACCUAGAUGACUUUAAAGGUCGAUUUUGCAACAAAGGUCCCUAUCCUCUCCUGCAGAAGAUAAAUGAUGUUUUAAGAUCAGAUCAAACAACAACGAAGGUACCGCUACCAGCAACGUCUUCCAAAAGCACACUAUCAAAUCUAACAUCUGCUCCUAAAAUAACACUAAAGCCAACAACUGUUCCGAAGGGAACGCCGAAACCAACACUUGUUCCGAAGAGAACACCAAAGCCUACACUUGUUCCGAAGGGAACGCCGAAACCAACACUUGUUCCGAAGAGAACACCAAAGACAACACCUGCUCCCAGCGUUCCUCCAACAGGUUCAUCUUGUGGUAUGUAA